CAUAUUUUACUUUGAAAAAAUCUUAAAGCUGUGUACGACUUCGCGAGGUGUAAGAGAUUUGAAACAGAGAAGAAAAACAUUGAAAUUACAGACAGGAAAAUAAUAGUCAAACAUUACCGGUGGCGCCGGUCAACGGGAAAAAUUUCUGCUUUUCCAUUUCUGGGUUUCCAAGCUUGGUUUAGAAAGAAAUGGCACAACGUUCUCAUGUACCCAAAUUUGGCAAUUGGGAUAGUGGAGAGAAUGUUCCUUAUACAGCAUAUUUUGACAAGGCCCGGAAAGGCCGAACUGGUGCAAGAAUAAUAAAUCCAAAUGACCCUGAAGAAAAUUCUGAUUUAGGUCUUGACAAUCCAUCAUCUGAGCAACUACCUCCAUCCAAACCCAGAGUUAGUUCAGAGGAUCCAUCUGGAAAGGGAUCACUGCCUUUGGAAGAUGAUCCUAAGCAUUUCAUUGACUCUCCAGCUCGUCAUGACAAUGUAAGCAAUAGGACUAGCAGCAGAAGUCACGGAGUAACUUCUGCCGAUAACCGUAGAAGACAUUCUACGCAAAGUGUUGGGUCUGACCACAGCAUUGAGCGUUCACCACUUCAUCGCCAGGCCAGACCCCCUGGCAGAGACAGUCCCCAAUGGGAACCAAAGAAUUCAUAUGACAACAUCCAGGGAACACCAGGGAGAUCUCGGUUAAGACAGGCUAACAGGGGAGAUGAAACACCAGAUAAAGGUGCAGCUGUUCCUAAGUUUGGUGACUGGGAUGUGAACAACCCAGCCUCAGCAGAUGGCUUUACACACAUUUUCAACAAAGUGAGGGAGGAGAGACAGGGAGGGCCGGCACAAGUUCCGGGCACGCCUAACGAUAGACCACAACAUAACAAGGGCCAAUUCACUGAUGACAAAGUCCAGUGUUGCUGCUUUGCCUGGGGCAAAAAAUGAUUUCUUGGACUUGAAGUGUGAAUGAUGUUAAAGAUACUUUUGUGAAUGGUCAUGAGGUGUGUGUAAUUCUUGUACAUAUCCAAGGCUCUAUCUCCGGAAGAAGACAUCAAUGAAGUAAAUUUAUUGCAGCUACUUUGUGCCAUUUCAUUUUCUUUUUGUUUCUUUCUAAUAUUCAACAAGAUUGUGUUACUCUUAUGCAACUCUCUGCUCUCUGCAUGCAAGAUUGUGAUUUUUCUUUGUCCUUUUUGCUCUUAUUGAGCCUUCUGUUGUGCCACUGUUAUGCUUUACAAUUCAAAUUAACUGUAUGUACCUGAGAUAUAGAAGGAGAUUGGUUAUAUAAUUCUUUUCCAUUGAAUUCA